AUGGAAUACCAUCAUAGGCAUAUGGAACAGACAGGUCCUGGCCUCCAGAGCCAGGGUCCUCAGUGGGGAUAUGGAUGGGGACCUCCAGCGCCAGCGCCGGCAGCACCUGCGCCUGCGCAGCGCAAUAAGAGAACGCACUCGGAGAGUGAGGACGAUGCGUUUUCUGAAGAAAGCUCUAAAGAUGCGCAAUCUCCCGGUGGUGACUCGUGCCAGCUGAUGACCCGCAAGAGACGUCGUGGUGUGAUUGAGAAGAAGCGUCGUGACAGAAUAAACACAUCACUAACAGAACUGAAGAGGCUGGUACCAGCUGCGUGUGAGAAGCAAGGCAGCGCUAAACUCGAGAAGGCAGAAAUCCUGCAGUUGACCGUUGAUCAUCUUAAAAUGCUGCAUGCUAAAGGUUUGGACACAUUCGCCUACGACCCUCAAAGAUACGCAAUGGAUUAUCACAGCAUUGGCUUCCGGGAAUGCGCUGCUGAAGUCGCCAGAUACCUUGUCAGCUGCGAAGGUCUUGACAUUCAGGAUCCUUUGAGACUUCGACUGAUGAGCCAUUUGCAAUGCUUCGCGGCUCAGAGAGAGCUGGCUGCUAAAUCUGCAAACUGGGGCUACCCUCAAUACCCUACGGCUCCAGUACCUCAACCUCAACAUGGGUAUACUGAAUUAGGAGCUCCAAGACAAGAUGUGCCUAUUACCACGACUACAACGAGCAUAGCUGCCCCUACAGCAAUCGCUGCCCCCCUUACAGCUGCUCCUAGCUACCCUCAUUAUCCACCUGUGCCACCCGGACCCCCUGGCCCGCCAGGACCACACCCUGCACCUCCCGCUCCUCAUUACCCUACUCCAUAUCCUCAUCACCCUCCACAUCAUCAGUACUCGCAAAACAGUUCAAAACCCUAUAGGCCGUGGGGGGCUGAGUUGGCCUAUUAG